UGUGGUUUAGAAAAAAAGUAAAGAAAAGAGAUUCAAUUCAAGGUGGAAGGAAAACGGUUUUCUGUUGUAGAAUAUUCUUUAAUAAGAGGUUAAUGAAUCAUCAACGUCUAGGGUGUGCUUAAAACAUUUUCGACUAGUUUGUUACAAUUUUAUUUUAAGUUGAUUCUUUGUUUAAUUGUGUAUUACGUCUGAUCGUUAGUUCAUCAAACUUACGAGCACAAUAAAAUGGCGACCGACCCAAUGAAAAACCGCAUGAUUGUCUUCAAGAACACAGGAAAAGAUGUCGAUGAAAUGCGAAGGCGGAGGAAUGAAGUGACAGUAGAACUACGGAAAAAUAAAAGAGAGGAAACUCUCCAGAAACGUCGAAAUGUCCCGAUCAGUGAUUCUACAGACGAAGACGAAGUGGAACGACCCACAAAUAUCGAUGAGCUAGUGAUCAACGCGGCAAAAGCUGACAACAUCGAGAUACAACUGGCCGCGGUGCAACAAUGUAGAAAGCUAUUGUCCUCGGACAAGAACCCUCCCAUAGACGACCUAAUCGCAGCCGGCAUUCUUCCCAUCUUAGUACAGUGCCUUUCCCGAGCGGAUAAUCCUACUCUGCAAUUUGAGGCUGCUUGGGCUUUAACGAAUAUAGCCUCGGGCACCUCAGCACAGACUAACAAAGUGGUCCAUGCGGGUGCCGUUCCAUUGUUCCUACAAUUGCUCAUGUCUCCACAUGAAAACGUGUGUGAGCAAGCAGUGUGGGCAUUAGGCAACAUAAUUGGAGAUGGUCCAAUGUUGAGAGACUUGGUGGUGGAGCUUGGAGUCGUCAAACCACUGCUCAGCUUCAUCAAACCUAACAUCCCUGUAUCAUUUCUGCGUAAUGUGACCUGGGUCAUUGUAAACUUGUGCAGAAGUAAGGAUCCUCCACCACCAGUUAAGACUAUUCAGGAGAUUCUUCCAGCCCUUAAUGUGCUUAUUACACAUUCAGAUAUAAAUAUUCUAGUAGACACAGUAUGGGCAAUCAGUUACCUAACGGAUGGAGGCAAUGAACAGAUCCAAAUGGUGAUUGAGUCCGGUAUAGUGCCCAAGUUGAUUCCCCUGCUGUCUCACAAGGAGAUGAAGGCCCAGACGGCCGCACUCCGAGCGGUUGGUAACAUUGUAACUGGCACAGAUGAGCAGACUCAGGUGGUACUAAACUGUGAUGCCCUGUCACACUUCCCUGCGUUGCUGUCACACUCGAAAGAGAAGAUAUGCAAGGAAGCCGUGUGGUUCUUGUCAAACGUGACUGCGGGCAACAAGCAGCAGGUGCAGGCAGUGAUCGACGCGGGUCUACUGCCCAAGAUCGUGGAGAACCUGGGCAAGGGCGAGUUCCAGACGCAGAAGGAGGCCGCCUGGGCCGUCAGCAACCUCAGCAUCAGCGGCACCAAGGAGCAGGUGGCGGCGCUCAUCAACUGCGGCGUCAUCCCACCUUUCUGCAACCUCCUCAGCUGCAAGGAUACACAAGUUAUCAGUGUGGUGCUGGACGGUCUCAGCAACAUGCUGAAGAUGGCCGGAGAUAACGUGGAGCAUGUCGCCAACAUGAUAGAGGAGUGCGGAGGCAUUGACAAGAUCGAGCAGCUGCAGGGUCACGAGAAGAUGGAGAUAUACAAGAUGGCAUAUGACAUCAUCGAGCAGUACUUCGCCGGAGAGGAGGAGGACGCGAGCCUGGCGCCGGCGGCGGCGGAGGCGGGCUUCCAGUUUGACGCGGGGGCGGGGGCGGGGGCGGGGGCCGGGGCGGGGGCGGGGGCGCCUCACGCCGGCUUCCGUUUCUAA